AUGACAACCACCGAGACCACCAAUGGUUCAACAAAUGGCCACGCCGCAGCAGCAGCAGCAGCAGCACCCGAACAGCCCCAAACAAAACUCACACUCGCCGGCAAAGUCAUCGCAAUCACCGGAGCAAACCGCGGCAUCGGCCUCGGAGUCGCAAGUUCCUGCCUAGACAACGGAGCCGAACACGUCUACUCAAUAGACAUAGGCGAAACAGGCGAAGAAUUCGCCGCCGUCCUAAAAAAACACCCCGGAAAACUGCACGCCCUCCAAGCAGACGUCACAAACGAAGACACCGUAACCCUUGCCGUAGACCGCAUCAUCUCAGAAGCAGGAGCAAUCCACGGCUUCGUAGCAAACGCCGGUCGAACAAAACAUAAACCAGCCCUAGAUUUCACAACCGAGGAAAUCAACCAACUCUGGUCCAUCAACCUCUUCGGAUCCUUCUACUGUGCCCGCGUAGCAGCUCGCGCAUUUAUAAAAUGCAACGUCAAGGGAUCAAUUGUGUUUACAGCUUCCAUGGCUUCUUAUCGACCGAAUAAAAGAGUGCCUUCGGCGCCUUAUGGAGCUAGUAAAGCUGGAGUGAGGAAUAUGACACAUACCCUUGCUAUGGAGUGGGCGCAGUAUAAUAUUCGGGUGAAUUCUGUUUCGCCUGGAUUGGUGAAUACGGCUAUGACUUAUUGGGUUCCGCAACAGCCGGAUUGGGAACAGCAGUUGAAGUAUUAUGGGGGGAUGCCGAGGUUGGCGGAGGUGGAGGAGUUGGGGGGUGCGUAUGUGUAUUUGUUGAGUGAYGCUGCGAGUUAUACGACUAGCAUUGAUAUUCCUGUCAAUGGGGUUAUUGGAAUUUGCUAG